CCUCGGCUCCUGCUCCCAGUCAGCGCAGCUCUCUCCUGCGGCUGCGGAGGGACGAGAGCUGAUGAUACAACUGGGUCACUUUUCUCCGGUUGUACUUUCACUUCGACAGGAUGAAAACUGCGCUUGUUAUCGUUUUGGCUAUCCUUGCAGAAACUGUAGCGCUUCCAUUAGGAAAAGAGGGACAGAGAGAAGAUGUGGUAGCACGAUGUCUGGUUGAAGUCUUGUCCAAGGCGCUCUCCAAGCCGGACAUUCAUUUGGAUCAGGAAUGCAAAGAUAUUCUCCAAGCAGGGGUUAAAUAUGCUCCAACGAACAAAAAGAAUGUUGAGGCGAUUGUAACUCAGGAGGAUAUCUCUCACGCUGGGGAACCUACGGCAAAGACAGCAGAUGUCAAAGACAUCGAGGCACUCCUGAAAUCUGUUGAGAAAAAGAGGGAAACCCCUGAAGAUGAGCAGAACCAGGAAUCAUGGAGUGUGACAGAGAAGAGGGACGGGAAUAAUGAGGAAGAAAUACGGGAGAAAAGGAGUGGCUGGAGGCCUGGAAGAUUCCACCAGAGGAAGAGCAAACGAGGAGAGGAAGAUUAUGAGCGGAGUCAGGAGAGUUGGGGAGAGGUAGAAAGGAGGUCAGAGGACGGUGAAGAGGACGAAGAGAGUGAAGAACGAGAGAAGAGAAACUGGAGGCCUGGAAGGCACCACCAAAGAAAACACAAGCGGGAUGAGGAAGAUGGGGCAGAGCCAGAGGAGGACCGCAGUCAAGAGUACUGGGAUGUUGACAAAAGGCAGGAGGAUGAGGAGAGAGAUGAGCGCAUAUGGAAACCCACGCAUCGCUAUCAUCACAAGAAAAAGCUCCACAAACGUAGCAAUGAACCUUUAGAGGGUGAGGAAUAUGAAGACCGCAGUCAGGAAUCGUGGGAUAUUGACAAGAGGGAGUGGAGGACUGGCAGACAUCACCAAACAAGGCACAAGCGUGAUGAGGAGCUUUCAGACGAAGAAAAGGAAGAACCUAAUGAAGAACAGAGCCAGGAAUAUUGGGAUUUUGAUACUGGCAGAGAGAAGAGGACAUGGAGGCCUGGCAGGCAUUCACAAAGGAGGCACAAACGUGAUGAGGCUCUUACAGAGGAAGCCAGGGAAGAACCAGAUGAAGAUCGGAGCCAGGAAUACUGGGACUUUGAUAGUGGAAGAGAGAAGAGGGACUGGAGGCCUGGCAGGCAUUCACAAAGGAGGCACAAACGUGAUGAGGCACUUCCAGAGGAAGCCAGGGAAGAACCAGAUGAAGAUCGGAGCCAGGAAUACUGGGACUUUGAUAGUGGAAGAGAGAAGAGGGACUGGAGGCCUGGCAGGCAUUCACAAAGGAGGUACAAACGUGAUGAGGCACUUCCAGAGGAAGCCAGGGAAGAACCAGAUGAAGAUCGGAGCCAGGAAUACUGGGACUUUGAUAGUGGAAGAGAGAAGAGGGACUGGAGGCCUGGCAGGCAUUCACAAAGGAGGCACAAACGUGAUGAGGCACUUCCAGAGGAAGCCAGGGAAGAACCAGAUGAAGAUCGGAGCCAGGAAUACUGGGACUUUGAUAGUGGAAGAGAGAAGAGGGACUGGAGGCCUGGCAGGCAUUCACAAAGGAGGCACAAACGUGAUGAGGCACUUCCAGAGGAAGCCAGGGAAGAACCAGAUGAAGAUCGGAGCCAGGAAUACUGGGACUUUGAUAGUGGAAGAGAGAAGAGGGACUGGAGGCCUGGCAGGUUCCACCAGAGGAAACAUAAGCGCAAUGAAGAGCUUGGAGAGGACGGCAUGGAAGAAUCAGAGGAAGAGCGCAGUCAGGAAUAUUGGGAUUUCGAUAAAAGAGAAGAGAAUGAAGAUGGAGAGAUAGAAAAGCGGAUUUGGAAGCCCACACACCGAUACCACCAUAAGAGAAGACUUCACAAGCGAGGAUCAUCAGAGGACGAGAUGGGGCAGAGGGGAGAUUCGGAAGAGAACACAGUAGAAGGAAUAGACAGAGAUGAAGCUUUAAGGUAUCUGGCUGAGAAGCGCAAUCCCUGGAUUAAUAAAGGCUAUUACCACCCUGCGUGGUUUAAAAGAGAUUCAGAUGAACAACCAGCAACAUCAACGAAGAUGGAUGAACUGACCAAAGUGCUGAGUUACAAGUUAAACCAGCUGGCUAACCACUCCACUAAUGAGGAGGUGAAGAGGAGCUCACAGCAGAGAACGCUCACUCCACAGGAGGAGAAAGAGCUGGAAAACCUGGCAGCAAUGGAUAUGGAGCUGCAGAAAAUCGCAGCCAAGUUGCAUGACAAGGCUGCAUAAUCCUAGAGCAUUUUACUACUGUCUGUGAAUAAUGCCAAGUUAUUGUUUGUAUGCCAAUUUAAUGUGCUUAGUCUUAAAAUGAAACAAAAAUAAUGCAAGAAGGCUUGCAACACCUUACCUGCUUUAUUAAAUGUUUUUGUGAUGUUGCGUCUAAUUAAACAGCAUGGGAAAGGCUUGGAUGUUUAUAGAUGUUUAGUGAAAAUAUCAUCUUAUACAAAUUAUUGCAAUGUAUUCAAGAGCUCACUCUGUUUGCACUCAAUAAAAAGGAGUUAUCCUGGGACCAAAUAAAA